UGUGUCGACCUACACACUCACUACACAGCAAGCUGUUGCUUGACAUACUUGUCUCAAAGAGACAACACUGCACACAAAAUAUAGCUAGCUACGGCAUAGUCUUGCAGGAGUUUCGCAGUCAGAUUCGGUGAUUACAAAUCACAGAAAAAAGAUGGCAACCAAAAGCCAAGCUCAAAUCAGACAUUUAAAAAGUCAACUGGCAACUCUAGAGGAGCAAAAGGAAACUAUUCUUGGUCUGAUCAAUGGCUAUGCCAUGAAUGUUAUUAAUGAAGUAACAUGUUGGAUUGAAAGACCAGGUGACAAUGUAAGGAGCUUUAAAGAUGUUUGCACUCUUGUUUCUUCUGCAACUUCUGCUCUAGUGGACAACCAGGAGCUCUAUUCUGAAGUAAACUCUGAGAGCACAGCUUCCAACACUGAAUGGUCUACUCUUGCUGCGACAAGUUCCUUUGUAUCAUCCUCAGCUGAGUCCAGACCAAAUAAUUAUGAACAUUUAACUAAAAUUAUACCAAGAUUGGAGACUCUUGAAGAGGCUGUAGCUUCCCUCAGAAGAGCUUCACAAACAUCUCUACAGGAGCAAGAACAUCUCAAGGAACAGUUGAACAAUCUCUCAACACAGCAAGAAACAGCUGAGUUAAAUUUUGAAACAAUGACAAAAAAACAGUCAAGACAAUACAAAACAUUGAAAAACCAGCUUCUUGAACAAGAAAAAGUUGUGAUGGCAAUGAAAGAAGAAACCAUACUUCAAAAUGAAAAGCAAAUGAAAAUCAAUGCACAGUUUGAAACAGUCUCCCAAGAAUUAAACAAAAACAAAUCUGAAGUCAAUAAACAGUUGGAAACACUUGCGAGAAAUAUUAAAGAUCUAACACAAGAAACAUCUAAAACAAUUCAUAGCUUACAAGAAGAAAAUCUUUCUUUAACUGGGGAAAUUAAACAAUUAAAUAAAAAGAAUGAGAUGACCUGCAAAAUGCUGAUACAAUGGAUAGGUCCAAUAGAAAAGUUGAAGGAAACUUUUAACAAAACAAUAGCUCAAAGAGAAACCAACAAUGAGAAGCUUAAUAGCUUAACUAAAGAAUAUUCAAACAUGGCUGCAAAAAUCAAAACAAGUGAAAAGAAUCACAGUUGCAGUACAGGAUUCACUGCUUACCCUAGCCUCCUUAACGAUGAUGGGAGCUCACCAAUUAUUCAAUGCCCAGUCGUAGGCUAUAACUCAGGUCAUUACGACCCAAAUACAAGCAUCUUCACUGCACCAGUUGAUGGCCUCUACCUUGCCAGUUUUGUUUUAUACCAGGCUGGCAGUGGCGCUCUAAACGUUCACAUGAUGCGGCAAUUCAACAAUGAGGAAAAAUGUGUUGGUAUAUUGCGUACUACAAAGGACUAUGCUUGUGCUUCAAAUAUAAGUGUUUUACCUAUGAAGACUGGGGAGAAAUUAUUUGUGAAACUGUACAAUAGAACAGAUUUUGCUAUCAUAUUAGACUAUACUCAUUUUUCCUGUUUUUUAAUCAGUCAAUAGAUAAUGUGUUAAACCUUUUUAUACAAAAAAUAAUAUCAAAUGCGAUGGCAUGGUCAAGUUUUCAACUGACUUUUCUUGGAUUCAGUUCUUAUGUUAGAACCAGUAGGGCAUACUUGGUUCCACCUAGCUCUUAUUAGCAUAUAAAUAGUAAGUAAAAUGGCUGAGCAUUAUUGUCCACAUGUAGUUUCGUACUGUAUUUAUCAACCAUUAACAAUUUUUAGUAAAUGUUGAAAAUUUCUUUAGUUUUUAAAACAUAAAUCAUUUAGUAAAACUAUUAUGUUACAUUUAUAAGGUUGUUAUUGAUGUUUUAUUAACUUACAUGGUUUUAAAAGUAUUUUACUAAAAAAAGUUAAGAAUUAUUUCUUGUAAACAAGACAUUUUGUUUUAUUCAUUGCAUUGUUUUAACAUUUUCAUUUAUUUUGUGGCAAUUAAGUAAAGAAUCCUCAUUAGACGUAGCCCUCCAUUAGGUAGAUGAAGUAAAGUUCAUGUUCCUUGGCCGCAGUAUAUGAAGGGAUUGGAAGGUGUGCUCAGCAUUUUGAACAGCCGUCUUUACUUUCCCAAACGUGAGUUAGGGGUACCCAUCAGAGCUGGGUGGACUCAGGGACAUUCUACUGACCUGGAUUCAAACUUGAGACCUUUGGGUUAGCAGCCUAGCCCUCUACCACUUAGGCCACGUUUACGGCAAUUAAUCAUUAGGACUUUGCACACUUUAGAGGCAUAAUGAAAAAAACUUUUACUGUGUAUUUGAGAAACAAGGUCACCACAACACCAUGAGUUUUAUAAAAAAUGUGUGGGUGUUAUCCUCCAAAUUGAUAGAAUAACCACCAUUGUCAACACAAGUAAUUUGUGAAUGACAUAGUUUUAUAUUUCUACAUCUCAGACUUCUCUUUACCUUUGCCACUUGACAAAAACCCUCAUAGCCUACACUUUCUUGAAGGAAUUACAUUUGAGUAAAUCAGAAAAUGUGAUUUAAAAAAUUUCAAAUAUUUAAGCUAACGUAAAAUUUUUGCAAAGACAUCACAGAAACAUUUUAAAAAUGAACACAAUUGAAUAUUUUACUCGUUUAAUACUAAUAGCCAUUAAACUUAUAAAAUAAAAUUACACAGUACAACAGAUAAUUUUGUGUUUGGGGAAAAGAACAAGCAUCAUGAAAUAAGGUAUACAAAGUCAAUUUAUUAACUUGUACAACAAAGAAAGAAGAAAACAAUGAAAUCAUGACAAAGAAAAUCCUUAUACAAUUAUGUUUUAGAUUAGGUACCUAAGGUAAAGGUUAGUUUAGUUUAGCACCCAAAGAAAGAACUUCUUAAGCUCAUUCCUUACCUAUCAAUACAAAGGUUAAACACAUUACACUACCAAAAUGAAUGCAUAAAUA